AUGCCUUCACUUCUCCAAGAUCGCGCCGAACCUCAGUUUGCCAAUAGGCCGGCAAGGGGAGCCUACAAACCUCGACAGGCUGCCACAGAGACCCCCCUUGUGGACAUUAUUGAUAUCCGCCAGGACACCACCAAGGCUGAUCUCAAAGAAGAGAUUCAUAGGCUCUUUCAGUCCCAGGAAAGGCCUCGAAAACUCCCUACUCUCCUACUUUACGACGAGAAGGGCCUCCAGCUCUUCGAAAAGAUCACGUAUUUGGAGGAGUACUAUUUGACCAAUGCCGAAAUUGAGGUUUUGCAACGUCAUGCUGCCACUAUCGCUGGAAACAUACCUUCCGGAUCCAUGUUAAUCGAGCUUGGUAGUGGGAAUCUGAGGAAGAUUUGCCUAUUACUCCAGGCGUUCGAGGACUCGGGAAAGGAUGUCGACUAUUAUGCACUUGACUUAUCGGAAAAAGAGUUAUCCCGGACUUUGGCCCAAGUUCCCAAGUUUCAGCAUGUCCAAUGCCAUGGCCUACUAGGCACCUAUGACGAUGGCAGAGAGUGGUUGAUGUCUCCUUCGCACUUGGCUAAACGAAAGUGUAUUAUGCAUAUGGGCUCUAGCAUCGGAAACUUUUCCCCGUCCGAUGCAGCCUUCUUCCUGCAAGGCUUUACCGAUGUCCUCCAGCCACAGGACAGCUUGCUGAUUGGGGUAGACUCUUGUAUGGACCCGUCGAAGACCUGCAACCUGUACCCGGCCUUAACUGACUUUCCACCGUUCGACAACGUCAUAGACCAGGAGGGCAUCACGCAUCAAUUUAUCUUGAAUGGCCUCCAGCAUGCUAAUGAUGUCCUCGGAGAAACUGUUUUCCAAGUGGGAGAUUGGAGGGUGGUUGGGGAGUAUGUGUAUGACAGUGAGGGAGGGCGCCAUCAGGCGUUUUAUUCGCCAUUGCGGGAUACGGUUGUCCUGGGGGGCGUCGUCAAGGCCCACGAGCGUAUCCAGAUUGAACAAAGCUUCAAAUACUCAAAGGGAGCCUGUGACGCACUCUGGAAAUCGGCAAGUGUCUUGGAAGCGGAAAAAUGGAUGACAGACGACGAAACCUACGGCUUGCAUCUGCUGAUCAAGAACCCCUUGUCGUUCAGCCUAAACCCGCUGGACUACACUCGGGAGAGCGUCCCUCUCAUGAGCGACUGGAAGAGCCUCUGGGCUGUCUGGGAUACCAUCACACGUCGAAUGCUGCCCAACGAAGAGCUACUCGACAAGCCUAUCAAGCUUCGAAACGCCUGCAUAUUCUACCUAGGCCAUACUCCGGCGUUUCUAGAUGUCCAGCUGACCAAGACCACGGACGAAGGCCCAACUUCACCUCGCUAUUAUCACUCGAUAUUCGAAAGGGGCAUAGACCCAGAUGUCGAUAACCCCGAGAAUUGUCACGCGCACUCGGAGAUUCCCGACGAAUGGCCCCAACUCGAUGACAUCUUGGCAUAUCAGACUCGGGUGAGGGCUAGGCUGAGCAGCCUGUACGACAAUGGAGCUGAAACCAUCCCCAGGCAAGUUGCUCGGGCUAUAUGGGUUGGGUUUGAGCACGAGGUUAUGCACAUGGAGACCCUGCUCUACAUCAUGGUACAGAGUGACAAAACACUCCCACCUCCUGACAUACCGAUACCCGAUUUUCAAACCCUGGCGCGGGACGCAAAGCUGUCAAGGGUUGAGAACAAGUGGUUUGACAUCCCGGAGCAGACCGUCACCUUAGGUCUAGAUGAUCCAGAGGAUGACUUGGAAUCUGAUAGUCACUUUGGGUGGGAUAAUGAGAAACCACGACGACAGGUGCAUGUUCAUAGCUUCCAGGCCAAGGGAAGACCGAUAACCAACGAAGAGUAUGCGCAAUAUCUACAUGGCACUAAGAAAGGGAAAUGCCCGGCUUCUUGGUCCACGGAGACUGUAGAGGGUACGAACGGUUCGAAUGGGCAUUCCACUGCCAAUGGCGCAAGCUUACCGCCGUCGUUCCUGCAAGGCAAGUCCGUCCGGACGGUUUAUGGCCUCGUGCCUCUGAAGUACGCCCUUGACUGGCCUGUGUUCGCCUCAUACGACGAACUAGCGGGCUGUGCGGCGUGGAUGGGCGGACGGAUCCCGACUCUCGAAGAAGCCCGGAGCAUCUAUACGCACGUCGAGUCCCUGAAGAAGAAGGAAGCCGAGAAUAAACUCGGCGCCACAGUACCGGCAGUAAAUGGACAUCUCGUGAAUGACGGCGUGGAAGAGACGCCCCCAUCACCCCCUGACACAUCGUCUCUCGUCGACGAAGAAGACGAAAGGGACAAUGCGUGGCCCCCCAUCAUGCAAUCCGAUAUUUUUCUCGACCUCGCAGGCGCCAACGUCGGCUUCCAGAACUGGCACCCAGUCCCCGUAACGGCGCGCGGCGACCGCCUCGCGGGCCAGGCCGAGAUGGGUGGUGCUUGGGAGUGGACCAGUUCGCCGCUCAGGAAGCACGAAGGGUUCAAACCCAUGGAUUUGUAUCCCCUCUACACCGCUGAUUUCUUCGACGAGAAGCACAAUAUCGUGCUUGGCGGCUCAUGGGCGACUCACCCCAGAAUUGCCGGGAGAAAGUCUUUUGUCAACUGGUACCAGCGCAACUACCCAUACGCCUGGGUCACUGCGCGACUGGUCCGGGACAGCAAGCAAUGA